UGUGUAUAUAUACAUGCAUACAUACUGUUUUUUGUUGAUUUUUUAAUUUUGUUUCUUCCAGAUGAAAAACUUAAUGAAAUUGGAAUCAAUACACACAUUAUGCCUGGCAUGUACACCCUCCUAGAUAUUGCUGUUUCAGCAACUCCACGCAGACUGCUUCAUGCCUAUCAGCCUUCAGCAUUUCUCACCAUCUACACGCUGUUCAACCUUAUCUAUUAUCUUUGUGGUGGAGUGGAUUACCAGGGAAGACCUGCUCUUUAUCCAGUAUUAGACUGGACACGUCCAGGGACUACAAUCUCCAUAAUGGCAACUGUUCUGCUUGGCCUUAUACCAUUUUUGCAUGCCAUUAUUUGUGGUCUCUAUGCUGCCAGAGUCAAGGCUUGGCGAAUUCUGAGGAUAUCCAGGUGCCAGAAACCUUAUCAUUCAGGGGUUGAGCUCAGCACAUGCCACUAAUCUAAUCACAGUACUGCCAUUCCCAGUGCUAACUGCUCAUAUAGAAGGUAUGUACGUGAAGAAGAUGAGACUGACCAAGUUGAACAAGCUGCACAGGAACAGAAAGUAUAAAAGCUAGAUAUCCAUGUUAGUAAAAUAUUGAUAUUACUGUGUCUUUUUUCUCCAGUGAUAGGUCUUCAGCACAAAUAAAAGGGUUUUGUUAAAACCAUAAUGAAAAAUGGGAGAUGUAUUGAUUUUUUUUGUUUUAAUGUUAUACUGUAUGGUGUAGUAAAUUUAGCUUUACAGGUACUUAUAGGAUUGCAUUUAAUGUAUUUUUUACUUCAUUAGUUAAUGAAGGAUUAUGUACAGAGUAUUAUAUAUUGAUGAGAUAUAUAACAAAAUGUUGGUUUGGAAUUAUGCUUCAUUUAAGAUAUGCUGGCGUCUGAAUAGGAAUAGUAUUUAAACUUAUGUAAUGCACUGGACAACAGAACUUGAUGCUGUAUUGUAUUUUUUUCAUGAUGUGAAAAUUGGUUAGUGAAAGGGAUAUUGAAAGAGACUCAAUUCACAUAGUUAAUGUAAAAGGUAGUAUUAGCUUAAUGGCACAGUGAAACCCACAUGCAGCCUGGAGUAACUAGUGUCAGUGUCAGUAUACCUUGUGAUAAAAAGAAUGUGAUCACUCAGUUGGAUAUCAUAUGGCAUAGAGAUCUAGUGCUUCCCUGCAGAUUUUGGCCAUGUCUAUAUAAAAUUUGAUGAUACUAUCGUCACUGAAGAUAAUUUGGGAUUUAUUAAUAAUAAUUUAUAUUUAGUUUAGAAUUAUCCUGGAUUAUUUAUUGUUAUAAUACUGGAUUAGGGUUAAUUGAAAUUAUUAACAGAACCCUGUGAUACCAAAGUCUGUAGUUUAGUUAUUUAAAGUUUCAUGCAUUUAAUACCAAUUGUAAAAAUGUUGGAAGAUAAAUACUGUGUACUAUUUUAAUGAAAAACACUGGAUAAUUCAUAUUUAGCUUAUAGGAUGAGUAAAACAGAUUGAGAAAAUUUCAGGACCGGAACCUUGAUGAAAAUAUCAUAAUUUUGAAUCCUAGUAUUAAAAAAGCACAAUGAUAAUUAUAGUAAGUACAGGCUUUUAUCAAAUACAUGUGCAAUCAGGAUAUGUAAUCCAAGAUAGUUGUUAGCUGUUGCUGUGAACAAACUGUAUAUAAAGAAUUUUUUGAGUUGA